UCUUCCUUUUCUAUAUAUAACACUAGUAAUAAUAAUCUCUUCUUCUUAUAUCUAUACAUAAUACACACUCUCUUUCUUUCAUUUCUCUUCAAUGGAUACUAUCAAAUCAUCUGCUUUGAUUCUAAACAAUCUUAGAGUCAUCAAACUAUUAGGUAAAGGCGCCAUGGGAACCGUCUUUCUAGUCCACGACAUUUUCCAUGAUCCAUCUGCUUUAUCUCCAUUUGCUCUGAAAGCUGUUGAUAAAUCUAAUUUUUCUUCUAAUGCCAUUCAACGUCGUGCACUAUGGGAGACCACUCUACUUUCCCGUCUCCAACAUCCCUUCCUCCCUACCCUCAUAGGAUUCACUGAAAACUCUGAUUUUAUUUGUUACGCUGUCCCCUAUUGCCCAGGUGGUGACCUUAACGUCCUACGUUACACUCAAAGCGAUCACGUUUUUUCACCUUCUGCUAUCCGUUUUUACUUAGCUGAAAUUGUACUUGCACUUGAAUAUCUACACACUUUGGGCAUUGCUUAUCGAGAUUUGAAACCUGAAAACGUACUUAUUCAACAAUCUGGUCAUGUUACUUUAACAGAUUUCGAUCUAUCUACAACCUUAACUCCGAAGAAGAAUAUCGAAUUCUAUUCAGAUCCAGAAAACAACGAUAAUCUAUCAACGCAAUCACAGACACAAACAUUCAAAUUCAGAAAAUUCGCUAAAUCCAUGGUUAAGUGCAAAUCUAAUGCCAGAAAUGGGUUAAGGAAAGUGAAAAGUGCAAGAGUAUCUCCAGUGAGCAGAAGGAAUCGUAGUUCGUUUUACGAACGUUCAAAUUCAUUUGUUGGUACAGAAGAAUACGUAGCACCAGAAAUCAUACGUGGAGAAGGUCAUGAAUUUUCAGUGGAUUGGUGGGCGCUUGGUAUUUUGUGUUACGAAAUGUUAUAUGGAACGACGCCGUUUAAAGGGAAAAAUAGAAAGGAAACGUUCAGGAGAAUAUUGAUGAUGGAGCCGGAGUUCAUCGGGAAGAAAAACGAUUUAGCCGAUUUGAUCGGAAAAUUGCUCGAGAAAGAUCCCACGCGCCGGUUGGGUUACCGGAGAGGCGCGUCGGAGAUAAAGGAACAUGAGUUUUUUCGAGGGAUGAAAUGGGAUAGGUUAACGGAAGUUGCACGUCCGCCGUUUUUGCCGUUAAGAGAUGUAACGGAAGAAGUGAAGAAAGGGGGGAUUACUAUAACGGAGUAUUUUCAGAAACUGAAGGCACCACCGUCACCGUUAUGGUCACCUUCACAUGAUGAGUGGACAAAUAACGUUUCACUAACGGAGUUUUAAUGUAAAGAUUAUAGUUUUUUUUGUUUUUUUUUUUGUAAAUAAUAUUAGCUGUUUAGUGUUUUUAGAUUUAAAAAGAGUUGUAUAUAUACGCACUUGCGGUGGCGCGUGUGGAAUUAUUGAAUUAUAUGGGGUGGUGGUAUAAUGAGGAAUAAAGAUGAUUAAAAUAUUGAGGGUAUAUUUGGAAUUCUAUUAUUUUGGACAAA